AUGCGUUCCUUCUUCUGGCAGGUGCUGACCGCUGGUCUGCUGGCCACCCCUAUCUCCCUGGCCACUUGUCAGGCCCCUCCUCCUGGAGGCGUUGACUCUCUGGCCAGUGGAAACCAUUGGGCUCCUCCGCCUCAUGCUCAGCCAGGCAUCCCCCCUUCGCCCCAGGGCCAGCCAGGCAUCCCUCCUUCGCCUCAGGGCCAGCCAGGAAUUCCUCCUUCGCCUAACGCUCAACCAGGCAUCCCUCCCGCCGCUGGGCAGGGCAACCCUCCUGUUGGAUCGGCUUUCAACCCGAGAGAUGGGUGGGGAGGCUUCCAGCCCGAGUCUGGCUUCUCCGGUACGCCGACCAAGGCGCUCAUGUACACGUACGUGCCAAAGUCGUUCAAGAAGGGCAACCCGGUCGUAGUUGGUGUGCACCACUGUGCGGGUACGGGUCCUGGCUACUUCCGCGAGUACCCGGACUGGCCCAAGGCGGCCGAAGAGAAGGGCUUCAUGAUGAUCUUCCCCAGCUCGCCUGGUGAGACCGGUGCCUGCUGGGACGUUUCUUCCGCCGCUUCCCUCAAGCACAAAGGCGGUGGAGACUCUCAGACCAUCGUCAACAUGGUCAAGUACGCUCAGACCAAGUACGGCGCGAGCGACAAGAAGGUCUUCGUCGUCGGACACUCGUCGGGCGCCAUGAUGACCGAAGUGCUCGCUGCGGCCUAUCCGGAUGUCUUUGUCGCUGGUGCAGAGUACUCGGGUGUUCCAGCUGGCUGCUUCAAAACCAACAAGCAGGCCGGAGCUGAUUGGAACAGUGCCUGCGCUGGAGGUAACGUUCGUGAGUCGCCCGAGUACUGGGGCCAGCAAGCCAAGGACAUGUACCCCGAAUACAAGGGCUCCUACCCCCGUAUGAUGCUGGUGCACGGCAAGGCGGACCAGACCAUCAAUUACGAGAACCAGGUCGAGGCCGUCAAGCAGUGGACUUACCUGCACCACCUCGACGCCAACAAGCCCACCAAGCAGUACGACGACGCCCAGAAACCCAACUACCACGUGUCCGAGUAUGGCCACGACGUCCUCGCCAUCUCUGCCGAUGGUGUCACGCACGACAAUCCUGCCAGGGUCGACCUCACCGUGCAGUUCUUCGAAGAGUACCGUAGCUCCACACAUCCUGACGUCUCCGUAGAAGGCGGCCUCCUUACCCACCGUGUUGUGUCCGUUGAGCCGCUCCAACACCGCAGCCGGCUGCUCGGAUCACUUCGCUCGGCUAGGAGUGCAGCUCUACCGGCACUCCGCCGACUCAUCUCCCCGUUCCGUGAUUCCGUUGGAGACCAUUCUGCCUUGCCGUGGGCUGAGCCGGCGGUGGAGGCAGCACAAGCCCUCAGCCGUCGCUCCGCCAAGCUGCACCAUCGACCGGCACGUUUCACGGAGGCUCUGACGUCCAGGAACGCUUCCACCUCGGUAGCUGUGACGUACCGCGCAGUUCCGCGACAAUUCCUCCCCGAGGUUGCCAAACUUCGCACAAAGUACUUUGUUCUACAUGACGACCCUCGCCACCGGCCUUUACACCCAGUCGAAGUGCGAGCUAGAACGUAUAAAGCAGCCUCGAUUCAGCCGUCAAUCCAUCCAUUCUCGGCUCUCCUCCUCUCGGCUCUGCUCGCAGCCGCGACUGUCAAGGCAGCUCCGCUGAAGCGCGCCACUACCUGCAAGGUCGAUUCUGGCCAUUACGGCUCCAUCACCAUCAAUGGUGCGGCGCUGAGCCUCGGCAAUGAUGGCAAGUUCGUCGUCGGCGGCCAACCCCAGCAAUUCAGGGCUGGUAUCUGUCAGACUCACAACGAGGACCCCAAGGGCUACACCAUCGAUACCAUUGGAUACAUCGUCAACGCUUACGACGAGUCGCAGUGUCUCACCGCCAGCGCUCUCGACCAGACCGGCGCCACCUUCUCCUUCCAGGACUGCAAGCUCGACGCCAACCACGCCGACGCCACCCAAAACUUCGCUUGGACCCAGGACUACGUCGCCAACUUCGCCAAGCUCUACUUCAACGGCGAGUCGAACAGCUAUGUCAACGACACCAGCCACUCUGCCUACAACCUCAGGGGCGAGGGAGGUGCCAACACCGAUCUCAUUGUUGGCUACAGCCUCAACAAGCCUCAGACCAUCCCCGAGACGCACUUCAACCUCAAUUAUAUCCCUAGCUCCGUUGCUCUGCCCCCUCCCAUCAAGUGCUCCUCUCAGAAGGUCGGCCAGAUCCUCUUCAACAACCAGACCGCCGCAUCCAACACCUACUCGGGCCCCAUCAACGCCAAGUGGGAAGCACAAGCCGGCACUACGGACAAGUUCGUCUUUGAGCAGUGCGACUAUUCUUCCGCAGGCUUCACUUCCAACGCCGACGUGACCUACGGUCGACUGCGACCCGGCACCGACCUCUCCAACGGAGAGUACAACUGCUACCAGUACACCGGUGACGACGGUGCGACCGGCUCCGACAACACCCCGUCGGCCUCUCCGUGGAUCAACGGCCUCCAGGUGCAGGAGUGCUGGAACUCGGCUGACAACGCUCCUGGCGAGCAGCUCGUCCGCCUCAACAACAACGACAACUCGUUCGCGUUCGUUCCCUUCCCCGCCGACCAGCCCCAGCCGGGCAACGAGUACUGGUACACUCAAGGCGACUACGUCGACGAGUACGGCGUCACCCAGUACGUCUGGGAUUCCGCCGGAAUCGGCCAGGUCUACCUCGACAGCUCCAACGCCAACCUCACAAAAUACCCACCUGGCAAGGUCACCUUCCAGACCAGCUGA